GGUGAGCCGACUGAAAGUGCCGGAGUUUUCCUGCUCCUCCAUCGUAACCCUUGCCAUCCGUGCAUACAUUUUCAUCACUCCAUCUCCUUCAUUCGUACAUACCAACCAUCUUGCUCCCCACCAGACUGACCAGCUGUAAUCACGGUUCCCCGGGCCCACAGGAGCUGUCAUGGAGUCUUCACCAGGACCCAAAAAACAACCCGCCCAAGGCCUCUUCCAAUGCUCGAUGUGCCAACGCACCUUUGCAAGGGUCGAUCACCUCUCCCGACACGUCCGAUCUCAUCUCCAGGAAAGGCCAUUCCAAUGCCAGAGAUGUGACAAGGCUUUCGGCCGGCUGGAUCUCCUUAAAAGACAUGCCGCCUGCCAUGAAGACAGCGAAACUGGCAGCAAAAGGCAAAGACAACAGCAUAGUCAGGCACAAAGGGUGUCACAGGCUUGCAAGGGCUGUGCCACGGCCAAACUCAAGUGCGAAGAUAAAAAGCCGUGUGGGAGAUGCCGGCAGAAAGACAUUGCCUGCGAACCAGACAGCCGUCAUCCUGCGAAACAGGCGAAGCAUGACGGAGCACAGUCAUCUCUAAACAUUACCCCCCCGGGCCGUUCACCUGCCAAUACACCCCCAGAAUUGGCUGCUGCCGUGGUCGGGAUGGCUUCAGUCGACCAGGCGGCGAAAUUGUCCAGCCAAAACUCCGUGGUACACAGUCAAGUCUUCCCGCAAUCCGACAUUCCGAGUGCGCCGACUUUCGGCUUUCCCGAACACGAAAUGUCCGGUUUCCUCAGGGGAGUAAUGACACCGUCUCAUCCUAGCUCUCUGUGCCCCUAUGCCCCUCCGACGUGGCCGGACCUAAAUGCUGGUAUUGGAGACGGCGGCCUCCUCGAUUUCACUACCGAGGGUUUUGACCUUGACGACGCGGACAUGGGCUUUGUGGCCCAAUUAUGCAGCGACUUCCACGGCAUUGAUUCUCAUCAUCCGCAACUUCAGGUACCCCGGCAGGCACCUGAGACAAUGGGGCUAGGCAACACCCGGAGGCACUCGGCGGCACUCGGAGCUGAAGCUUACAAGAGAUCUUCAUUCGGUGUCUGGCAUCCGGCGCAGCACGACCACGGAGGCGCAGAGCUCGAGAACCUUUCCGCUCCGAGUGCCGCCGACGGUUCCCCCGAGACCCAGAUAGCAAUCGAUUACCGUUGUGUUGGAGAGAACUUGGACCGGACCACGAGAGACGAGUUCCUGGCCAUGAUACUUCGCACCUGCAAACCCGAGAAGUUGCAGUAUGUCUUGAGGGCAUUUCCCACGCCAGAAUUCCUCGACGAGCUGCUCCAGAGUUUCUUCUCCCAUCACUACCAAAAAAAAGACUCCUUCAUCCACAUCCCGUCUUUCAGACCAAAUCAACAGAAGCCGGAACUCCUCGGGGCCAUCGCAGCCGCUGGCGCCACCUUGACCGAUAUAAGAUCCUUGCAUAAACUCGGGUUUGCCAUGCAAGAGGCAGUGCGCGCGACGAUACAGGACAGAUGUGAGGAGUCGAACGCAAUGACGAGGGAACUCUGGAUCCUCCAGGCCUUCAUUUGUGAGCUUGAGAUUGGGCUCUGGAGCGGCAUCAAGCGGAAGAUGGAGAUAGCCGAGAGUCAACCCCAGAUCGUGUUCACGAUGCUUCGACGUGCUGGCAGAUUCCACAGGCUGAAGCAGAUGUCAUCCACACCACUUCCCGAGGACACGGGCGAGACCUUGCAUCGGCAAUGGCUCGAAUGGGUGGAGCAGGAGAGUCUCAAGCGGCUUGCAUUUCACGCAUUCCUCCUCGAUGCGCAGAUCAGCAUGGCGAUGCUGACCAACCCCAUCAUCUCAUACGCGGAACUGGCCAUCCCCUUACCGGAAUCGCAGGAUCUGUGGAUGGCCGAAGACGCCGAGCAGUGGAAGGCUCUCUAUCUCGGGCGAUCCAGACCGCCGCAACAUCAGCAGCCUAGCCUGGCCCAUUUCCUACGUGAGCCCAUCGAAGUCCCGGAGUACUAUGACCAGGAUUUCUCUCACCAGAUCAUCCUCCACGGGAUGUGGGGGAUGAUAUGGCAGCAUUCCCAACUGCUUUCGGCGCUUGGAAAGCUCGGGCAGCCGCAGGCCGCCAUUGCACUGCGACACCAAGAUAUCCAACAGGCAGUCCAGCAUUUCCGAAUCAACCUAUCUGCGGGCCAUGUUUCCCCUUGUCCCGAGACCAGCCUCGUCCUCGAGCUGCUGCCGAUGUACCUGCACUCGUCGCUCGCGGAGAUCCAGCUCUUUGCCGGCAAGGAGGGUCUCGACGACGCCCGCCGUGUGCUCCCGUCUCUCCAACGAUGGGUGGACGGCUCCGAUUCGCGGCAGGCAAUCUGGCACGCCGGCCAGGUCCUCCGCGCCGCAAGAGGAUUCCGCACCAAGCAGCUCCGCGGCUUCUUCAUCAUUGCCGUGUACCAUGCGAGCCUCGCCAUUUGGACAUAUGGCGUCAUCGCGCAGGCCAAGGAUGCCGCCGCCCGGGAGGGACAGAAGACUACGAGCGAGACGCGUCUCGUGUGCCUGGAUGGACCCGAGACUCCAGCGAUACAGCAGUUUAUAACAAUGGGGAAGGGUAUUCCGAGCAUUACCCGCGCCCAUGGUGACGGCACCUCGGCUACAAGCACGAUCCCCCUCUCAGACCAGGACGCGGUCAUGAGUGUGGUCUUGGCGACACUCAAGACAACACCCUUGCCUGGCUGCAAUCUUUGCCCCAAGAUGCCGAACCCAAUUAGACAUGACCUACACACCAUCGACGAGACGUCGUUCCCCUACGUUUACGAGCAAAAUGCCACCAUCGAACUCAAAUCCUGCGACGGACUCGUCCGGUGCAACAUACAUCGUCCGAAAGGUUCCGGCCCCGAGCAGAGAGUUCCUGUCCUAGUCACCUAUGGCCCCUACGGAAAGGAUACGCCCUAUGGAGAUUUUCAUGCGAAAUCCUUCUCUGAAGUUAAUCCCCAGCACAAGUCGGCGCAUUCGGCCUGGGAGACGCCGGACCCAGGCUUCUGGACCAGCCACGGAUAUGCCAUCGUACGUGCAGACGAACGCGGCAUUGGCCAGUCCCGUGGCAGACUUGACACCAUGUCUCGCGGGACCAGCGAAGCCUUCUUCGAAGUCAUAGAGUGGUGCGCCGACCAGGCCUGGUCCAGCGGCAAAGUCGGCCUUCUCGGAAUCAGCUACUACGCCGGAAGUCAAUGGCGGGCCGCUGCCCGGAGGCCAAAGGGUCUCGCCGCCAUGAUUCCCUGGGAGGGCAUGUCGGACUACUACCGCGAUCGUUGCCGCCAUGGGGGGAUCUUAUCAAACAACUUCAUCAAGUUUUGGUGGAAUCGACAGGUUGUGGCAAAUCAGUACGGCAGGCCGCGAGAUGAGGCAAUUUUCAAGGUCAAAGACAUCGCAGGAGACGGACCGAUGCGACCGAAGUCGGCACCUGAGUCAGCUGAGGGCAAUCUGCCCGAGGAGGAGCGCGCCAACAACCGCCAAGACCAAACGAUUGACAACCAGAAAUAUCGUUUCCGCGACGAGGAAUACUACGCUUCCAAGGAAUACGACAUGGGCGACAUCCAGGUUCCGCUACUGUCCGUGGGCAACUGGGGCGGUAUUUUGCUGCAUCUUCGUGGCAACAUCGAAGGUUACGUCCACGCAGGCUCGGAACGGAAAUGGCUGCGCGUCAUCACCGGUCGUCAUGAUCUGCCAUUCUACUACGACCAGGAGGUUGACAUCCAACUCUCAUUCCUCGAUGCCUUCCUCAAGAAUGAGGACCGUUCAGGGUGGACAACAGGACAGGUCCCCCCGGUGGACUUGGUCCUGCGAAAGGGUGACGUCGGUUUCAACAACCCCAAAGCUGAGAGCACAUACCCCCGCCGCACGGAGAAUGAAUGGCCCAUCGCCCGCACGCAGUGGACAAAGUGGUAUCUCACGCCGCAGAUGACUCUAACCGCAGAUGUGGGCCAAGCCCAAGCGGCGAGCGCGAGACGGCAAAAGCUCACGUACGAGGCACUCGGAACGCUAGACAAUCCGCGGCUCAUUCAGUUUUCCACGGAUCCCUUCAAGCAAGAGACCGAGAUUACCGGCAAUAUCGUGGCGCAUCUCGCAGUCAGUGCCACCCCUCAGCCAAACGGGCCCACUCCGUCCGAUAUCGACUUGUUCGUCACGCUACGCCACAUUUCUCCCCAGGGAAACGAAGUGUUCUACACUGGCACAGCAGGUGACCCCGUCCCGGUAACCAAGGGCUGGCUAAGAGUUAGCUUGCGGAAGGUUGCCACCGAGCAUCCCAAACGCCGGCCCUACCUGCCCUGGAGGGAGUAUCUGAGCACCGACGUAACCCCUGUCAUCGUCGGGGAGAUCUACGAGGUCGAUGUCGAGGUGUGGCCAACUUGCGUUGUACUUGAGAAAGGUGCAAAGCUGGUAUUAGAAGUGGCAAGCGGGGACACUCAGGGGUCAGGGAUCUUCAGACAUGACGAUCCGAUUGACAGGGCUCCGAGCAAGUUCCAGGGUCUCAACCACGUCUGCUUCAGGCCAGAAGCACUGAACUAUGUGAUGUUGCCUGUUAUCCAGCCCAAGGAGACGUGACACCGUCAUGGAGUUGUUUGGGAUUCUGUGAAGUAGGGUUGGUGUUCGAGAUGCAUCAAGGGCAUAUUACUUCCUCGUGGGGAUGGGGAUGACAAUGGAUCCAUUACGACGUAAUUAUAAAUGCCAGGUCUCUCCAUAUAUCCUCUAGACCCAAUUAGAUAGAUGCACGCUGCUCCUGCAGUAAUUGAACAGUUAUAAUCCCGG